AUGAAGAAGAAGUUCGCCGGGAGAGCGACGCACGGGAUCAUCGCGUCUGUAUGGGCGUUCAGCGCGUUCUGGACCCUCCCGCCGCUCUUCGGGCUUUGGUCCCGGUACGGCCCCGAGCCGUUUCACACGUCGUGCUCCGUCGAUUGGCACGAUGGCAGCCUGUCUGCCAUCAUCUACAUCGUCUGUCUUCUCCUUGGCCGUGCAGCUUGCAUCACCUUCUGCUACCUGUUGCCGAUUGUCUUGGUGGUCACCCUGUAUACGAUCCUGUUGCGCCACGUGAUGCGAUACCACCCGACCGUCAUCGGCUCGGGGGGGAUGUCCGUGGGGGAGGAGUCCGUUGGGUCCUGCGGCGACUGCCUCCACCUGAAGCCCAUGGAGCGCCACCUGCUCAAGAGUAAGAUAUGGGGUAAAACGAGCAAAAUGAGAAGAAAACUGGAGUUAGUGCUCGCCUUUUACGAAGAGAGUAUUCAAAAUCAGAGGAGGCUGGUCCCUCUAUCCGGAACGAUGCAGAGGGAAGACGUGGACAGGAAAGUCACGGAGAUGCGCUUCCCGGUGGAGCGAUCCGGAGGAUGUGAGGAGGUUGAGGGAAUGCGAAGGGAACUGCUUUGGAUUGUCGUGUUGCGCGGUCGUCGGGGUUCGCCGGCGGCUGCAGCCUCUUUGGCCAUCUUAGACGUCUUUCGCUUGAAUCUCCUCAAUCGUCUGGUGGAGGCCUCGGAAUGGACUCACAAAGAGCAUCAAACCAAAUGA